UCAGGGAUCUCUCCUGCUAAAGCUACAUCCCUCCCUACUUUUUCACUUUCAGUGAAUUGCUUGCCCCUCUUUGCCAAUGGACAACUUAGCAUUUGAAAUGCAUGAAGAUGCAAAGCAGAAUGCUGUGUCUGCAGGGAAGAUGAACGCCACCUCCCGAAUGGAAAAGAAGAGGCAGUGGUCACUGAUGAGAAUUUUCCUGGUGUGUCUCUUGGCCUGCACCAUUACCACAGCAGUAGGAGUACUGAUUCUCUCCUUGGUUUAUGUUAACCACUCUCAGCCCCGUUCAGAAGUUCAUUUAGGAUUGGAAGCCCUGCAGACAGCAACGAUUCCUGUGGUGCAAAAGGCGGUUGAUACAAAAUUCCAGUUUCUUAAUCAUUUACCUAAGUCCAAGGUGUUUGAGUUCCCUGGUGGUGCAAUCCAGUGGGCCCGGUACAGGAACAACGUCAAAGACUAUGUCAGCAUUGAAGAAGAGGCCUUUGGCAGCAGCUUGAACAGACAGAGGUCACAGAUGACUCUGGGGACCCUGAGAAUAAAAAGCAAUGGCCUCCGGGCCCCUCACUGGCACUUCAAUGCUAAUGAACACGGCUAUCUUGCUCAGGGGACGGCAUGGAUUGGGGUGGUUGAUGAUGGUGGUGUAGUUACCACGUACAAUGUUACGGCCGGCCAAGUGAUCUUCUUCCCUAAAAACACAGUACAUUGGAUAAAGAAUGUGGGGAAUGAAGACUGCUUUUUCUUGCUCUUCUUUUCCACACACGAUGAACUUCAGACCCUGGAUGUUGAUGAUGUAUUUUUUUCCACACCUGAGGACAUUGCUUCCAGGUCACUUAAGCCUGAAGGUGGAAUUAAUUUCAUUAGAACAUUCCAUAAGCAAAAAGAGGACCAGGGGGUCAACCUUCCUCCCAACUUGGCAGAACUGGUUGUCAAUGCUACUUACGUACAGUCUGCGGAUAGCCUCGUGUGGAGAUACUUUUAUGACCUGAAAGGUUCAAAAGAAUAUCAAUUUCCAGGAGGAGUAAUCCAACUGGCACAAUAUUGGAAAAACAGAAGUGAACUGAGCAACAAUGAAAAAAUUUUUAGUGAAUUCCUGAAUCAGCAUCAAAAUGCCCUCUCUUUGAGUACCCUCAGAAUUUAUAACAAUGGAUUACGACAGCCACAUUUUCAUUUUAAUGCAAAUGAAAUGGGAUAUGUAAUAAGCGGAUGUGCACAGGUUGGCAUCAUCAAUACUCAGGGUACCACAGAGUUUAACAUUCACAUUGGAGAUGUGGUAUUUUUCCCCACUGGAACCCAGCAUUAUAUUAAGAGCACAUGCGAUGAGGACUUGCUUCUCAUUCUUGCCUUCAGCACUGAAGACCAGUUGCAAACCCUUGACAUGGACGAUUAUCUCCAAGCUACAGCAGACCACAUCCUGGCCCAGCUUUUCUUCAAGAAGCAAAGUGAAUUUAAGAAGAUCCCCAAAUUCAAGGAGGACCAGGCAAUCAACCUGCCGUAG